AUGUCCUGGACAGACUUUGUCAACAAUAUCACAGAUAUUUUGCUAGAAUACAUUGCCAGAGCAAAAGCAAAGGCAUUAGCAGACAACUUUGUGCACACCAAUGCACAAAAGACUGUUUGUGCCACCAUGUCUAGACCCAACCCAUCUCACCAUACAGCAGCAUCAGCCACCAACACCACCAUGCUCACUAUUGCAGAUGCAACCAUAUUGCCAACAGCAAGUCCAGCUAUGCACGAGACUGACAAACCACUUCCCAAAAUGAAGGCAAGGGAUAAAGUCAUCUAUGGCAAGCUAGCAUAG